ACCGCAGUGGCGCCCGAGCGCGCCGCCUUCCGAUUGACUGCUAGCGCUCUCGGCUUGUCUCGCGCACUCUAGCUGAGCCAAUGGAGUUACUCGUAGUCGAGAGGCCGGCAUCACUGGAGUGGUGGCGCAGCGGUUUCCUCCGAUUCCUAAGGUGGAAGCUGUGGUCAUUCAUUUGAGACACUUAUGUAGACAUAAAAACGGCCUUUAGUGCUACAAAUUUCCCUCUAAUACCAAAUUAUUUACCUUUUGAAGAUACCAAUUCCAGAAUGUUUCCACUGGAAUUUUUACAGCAGAACUAAAGUUUCAAAGGAAGUCCUUAAGGGAAUCUUUGGAUGGAUAUGUAACACUGAACAUCAGGAAGAUUAUCUACCCUGCUCAAGGUCACAUAUAAGCUUUGAAUACAGAGCUGGAGUUCAAACCCUGGAUAUCCAUCAAAUAUUGAGAAGAAAGAAUAUCAGGAGCAAAGUGUUCUAAGUUGCUGCUCAGAACGUAAAGAUGCGAACCCCAAAUCAGUGGUUUAUUCAUUCUUCAUGCAAGAGCAAUGCACCAAAGGAGAGAAGUAAGCUGUGGUGAUCAGUGACUUUGGUGAAAGCUAAGAAGGUUCAAACAAAUUUGCAAAUGAUAUACAACUUCUAAGGACUGAGGAGGGAGGAAGUAAAAGAGGGAGCUGUGACUGUGGUACGUAUCUGAAAGCAAGUGUUAGAGAGGGAGUGGAGAACGCAUAAGCAAGCUGGUUUGACCAGAAACAGAACUGCCUGUGACAGAUUAAGAGACAAGCAAGGCUUGGAAUCUGAGAGCAAGCAAAGAAGAGUGGAAAUUUACAGCUGCCCUAUGAGGCAACCUCUAUUAAAUGGAAGAUAAAGGCUACUUCAUCUAAAGUGCUUUGAGCUCAAGAAAGAGCUGUCUUCAGCACCUCACCAUGUGUCUACGUUUUGUUGCUUAGAAAAGCCUAGGCAUUUCUGUAACAUUUGCAUUCCAUAUUGGAAGAAGAGAUUUCUACACAUGAAAAAAAUGCCUUUGUUUAGUAAAUCACACAAAAAUCCAGCAGAAAUUGUGAAAAUCCUGAAAGACAAUUUGGCCAUUUUGGAAAAGCAAGACAAAAAGACAGACAAGGCUUCAGAAGAAGUGUCUAAAUCACUGCAAGCAAUGAAAGAAAUUCUGUGUGGUACAAACGAGAAAGAACCCCCGACAGAAGCAGUGGCUCAGCUAGCACAAGAACUCUACAGCAGUGGCCUGCUGGUGACACUGAUAGCUGACCUGCAGCUGAUAGACUUUGAGGGAAAAAAAGAUGUGACCCAGAUAUUUAACAACAUCUUGAGAAGACAGAUAGGCACUCGGAGUCCUACUGUGGAGUAUAUUAGUGCUCAUCCUCAUAUCCUGUUUAUGCUCCUCAAAGGAUAUGAAGCCCCACAGAUUGCCUUACGUUGUGGGAUUAUGCUGAGAGAAUGUAUUCGACAUGAACCACUUGCCAAAAUCAUCCUCUUUUCUAAUCAAUUCAGAGAUUUCUUUAAGUAUGUGGAGUUGUCAACGUUUGAUAUUGCUUCAGAUGCCUUUGCUACUUUCAAGGAUUUACUAACCAGACAUAAAGUGUUGGUAGCAGACUUCUUAGAACAAAAUUACGACACUAUUUUUGAAGACUAUGAGAAAUUGCUUCAGUCUGAGAAUUAUGUUACUAAGAGACAGUCUUUAAAGCUGCUAGGGGAGCUCAUCCUGGACCGUCACAACUUUGCCAUCAUGACAAAGUAUAUCAGCAAGCCGGAGAACCUGAAACUCAUGAUGAACCUCCUUCGGGAUAAAAGUCCCAACAUCCAGUUUGAAGCCUUUCAUGUUUUUAAGGUGUUUGUGGCCAGUCCUCACAAAACACAGCCUAUUGUGGAGAUCCUGUUAAAAAAUCAGCCCAAACUCAUUGAGUUUCUGAGCAGCUUCCAGAAAGAAAGGACGGAUGAUGAGCAGUUCGCUGACGAGAAGAACUACUUGAUUAAACAGAUCCGAGACUUGAAGAAAACGGCCCCUUGAAGAGCUCCCCGGCCCCUGUCACAGUCAGUCGUCUCAUUUGUCCAGUUUGUACAGUGUGUCAUUUCAGAAAGUCAUCAUUCUUGGGAAGACUUUGGAGGUGCCUAUUUUUUCUGUUGUAAUUGUUCUGGGUAGAUGGAGUAUAAACAUUUGAAUGGAAAAAAAUUAACCUAGAAUAAUAUAUUCAUUUUAGUCAAGUCUGUGAUUAUUUAUGUGAAAUCAGAACCAUUGUAUCAGAUGUUGAUAAAAGCAAUUUUAACUUGCAGAUGUGAGCCCCUGGGCACCAUGAGCCGCUAAAUGGGAGCUCAGUUGACAGGCAUCACCAAGUCUUCAAGGAGGACUGAGUUCUCAGGGGAGAACUGGGAAUGGGACCAGGGUGCAAAAAUGCUUUGCCCGUCUGUAGGUAGACACACAGAUCGCUCAGGGCACUGAGAGAUCCCAGAAGGUAACGUUAAUGUUUUCAGUCAUUGUGUGUCCUUUGUUGCUGCCAAUGUCUUUGGACUGUGAUCAGUGCAUCCACACCUCCCAGCAUCCAGUGCUCCCUCUCAGCUCAGUCUCCCCUCUCUCCCUGUCCUGCAUUCCAUCCCAGCUCCUCAGCAUGGCUUCAGUGGGUGCGCCCAUGCCUCCCGCAGUCCAGGUGAGCAGGGGAGCAACUGAGCAGGAAGAGGAUGGAUCAACAAGGGUCACGGGGAAUAGGGGACCCACAGGGUGUGACCUACUUGCUAGAGAACUGUGAACAUGUGGCUCUGGAUAGAGUCACUGCUGUUCCAUAUUAACUUCCAGAGGGUGAGUGAGGGACAGAAUAUUUCCUUCAUAAUGGUCAUGGGUGAAUGCUUUCUGCUGUGUCUUUUAGAGUAGGAAUCAGCAUAGUGGGAUGCCCAGCAGGCACAAACCAUGGGUCCAGGGAGUCUCAGUGGGGAACUUUUAUCAGUAUCAAUAACCAUUGGAAGGAGAAAUGAUUCAUGUGUGAAAAAAUUCUCAGAUCCAUCAAUAAAUUUUUUUCAGAGCCAUUGUAUCAGAUGUUGAUAAAAGCAAUUUUUUUUCUAAUAAGCUGUCAUUCUAUAACUGCCCAUCACAGUCUUUAGUGAACACAUAGAAAGCCUAUACAGUUUUGGUCCUGAAUAGUCUCUUGUGACUAAGAUGAUUGAGGUGUUAAUUCCUCUUCCUUAUAAAAAGGCGGAAUCAAAAAUAUUUUAAAAGGCCGUGGUUUUGUUUCAGACAUCAAGCAUCUAAAACGGGAUUUUAAAGCGAUAUUUUACAAGAAUGAAAGGCACAAUUGUUGAUCUGUAUUUUUUACACUUCAGUUUCUAAAUCAUGAAUCGUUGCCUUCCACAGGAACCCUCCCUUAUACAUUACUUGAGUGUUGUGUAGUUUUUCUUCAGCCAGGUAUUUCUCUGCCUAGAGAGGGGAAGAGAAAUGUGUUCUCCAGGACUGAUCCCCUUUGUAGAUUUUGUACCUGAAGAGUUACCUGGCAGGGCACCACCCUUGGCUAGGCCCAGGUGUGUGUUUCUUUCUUGCCUGGCAUGGACCCCGAGGCAGGUGAUGUGGGGCCUGGCGCACCUCCCCGCUUUGGCAGCUGUGGCCUCCCUGGCCAGUGCCCUUGCAGGAGGCCGGCCGGCAGCCUGAUGACCCGCACUCUUUAGUCACUGACGUCACAUUAUUUUUAUAACAUUCCCUGACAGUUCAGAGUCCCUUCGAAUUGCACUUUUCUGGUUUCGCUUAUUUAAUUAAAAGAGAUGAGUGUAAGUAUAAAAAAUGAAGGUGAAAUAACCAUUGGAAUUGCAUUUGGUUACUUAAUACUGUUCCACAACAUCUUGGGACGUCUGUUUUCCUUUGGAGAGUGAGGCCUUGUUAUUAUUCUUUUCUGAUAAAGAAAACAUUUUCUUUCCUUUGGGCUUGCAUUAGCUCUUUCCUAGCAACCCAUUAUCCCAGCUCAGUACCUUUCAAACAGAAAACUAGAGUCUGGGGUUUUGUUGUGAUCUGAAUUUGUAAGUUAUUAAUGUGAAAGGGGGAGCAGGAAGCUCCCCCUUUGCACAAAGGGGGAUUUGUUUGCACAAAGUUCACUGUAAAUACUGUGAGAAUUGAAUUCUGAAAAGGUCAUAUUUAGUGAUUUCAAAAGCACACAUUUAAAUGAAGACUGACUAAAUAAAAGGUACCACACA